AUGCGUUUCCAANAGAUUGCUCCUUUUGCUCUUGCAGCAGCUGUUGCCUCAGCACAGAACACCACAGAAGGUGGUAACCUCACCACUGGCGGAAACAUCACCUCGUCGACCAAUGGCACAGUCCCGUUGGCUAACCAGCAGCUCAACUCGUUCUGGACUCUGCUUCAGCAGUUCGGAUUGUUGGGUAGCUUCAGCAACAUGAGAAACAUUACCCUGCUUGCACCUAGCAACGAAGCUCUGGCUCGUUUGAACACUUCCGGUGUUGCUGUCACCUCUGAGUACGUCCAAGCACUGAUUGAAUACCACACUCUGAAUGGUACUAUCCUUGCUUCUGACCUCAACAACGUCACAUCUGCCUUCCCUCACACCCACCUGACCAACCCCGCCUACUCCAAUGUCACUGGAGGACAAGUCGUGGAGGCUGUGUUGGUCAACAAGACAGCAUACUUCUUUAGUGGACUCCNNAAGAAUAACGUUUCGGCCACAACCACAAACCUGAACUUCACCGGUGGUGUCAUUCACAUCGUUGACGGCACUCUUACUAUCCCCGGAAAUCUCUCCUCAACCCUUACCAACUCGAACCUGACAGCACUCUCUGGUGCAGCUCAGCAGCUGAACUUGACAUCGACUCUGAGCAGUCUCCACGACGUCACCAUCUUUGCCCCAAACAACGAGGCUUUCCAGGCUGUUGGUGAUGCCUUGGCCAAUGCUUCCAUGUCUGAGCUCACCUCAGUCCUGGGUUACCACGUUGUGAACAACAGCGUUCUCUACAGUUCCGACAUCAUGAACGGUACUACCCAGGUUCCCACAUUCAUCGGCCGCAACCUCACCCUCCAGAACAUCAACGGCAGUCUUUACGUCAACAGCGCCAAGGUCGUUACCCCCGAUGUCCUGUUCAGCGGCGGUGUCAUUCAGGUCAUUGACGAAGUCCUCAACCCCAACAACACCCUCGCCCACAACGCUUCCAUGACUGCCUCAGGCUCAAAGUCAAGUACUUCUCAAGCCUUCGCUGGUGUCACCACUAGAGCUUCGAACGUGCCCUUCACUUCAGGCCAGGCCACACCUACCACAUCCAAUGCUGCACAGAAGAGCGCUACCACUGGUGCCCUGAGCAGUUCGACUGGUGCUGCUAACGCCUUCGCCACCGGCGCCAUCGGUGCUGCUGCCCUGUUCGGUGGUAUUGGUGCCGCCUUUGCCGCCUUCUAG